CUUGACUUUAUAAGGUAAUUUCACUAUCAUAGGAAUCAAAGUGCAUGCUACAGAUUAAGGCGACUGAUAUUUGGAUUGAAUCGUGACAAUGUUUGCAGCAGUAAGUAGCCCUGCUCUCCAAUUCGGAGGACAACAGCUUAGCAGCAGCAUUGGUAGAAAAAGAUCAAAUUUGAAAGUGGAAAGUUUGCGGUCCAUUUGGAGGCAUCCGGAUGAGCUUUGUCCGAUGGUGAGGUUGAAGCUGGCAUCCAUAGCUUCGGAGAUGCAGAUUCCGGCAGAGCCGCGGCACUGGCAGAUAUGUUACUCUAUGCUUGCCAAAUUGGAAGGUCGUCUCGUCCUUAUUCACCACCUUCAUCCCCAUGUUCGUGAUGCUAUUUGUAUUUUCUAUCUAGUUCUUCGAGCACUCGACACAAUAGAGGAUGAUACAAGUAUAGCCGCAGAGAUUAAACUACCUCUUCUACAAUCUUUCCAUAGUCACAUACGCGAUAAAGAAAGGAGUUUUUCAUGUGGCACAAAGGACGAAAAAGUUCUUAUGGAGGAGUUCCAUCAUGUCUCCGCUGCUUUCCUGGAUCUUGAUCCCCGUUAUCAGGAAAUAAUCGAGGAGAUUGCGAAGAGAAUGGGUGAAGGAAUGGCAAAGUUUAUCUGCAAGAAGAUCGACACGCUAGAUGAAUACGAUGAAUAUUGUUACUACGUGGCUGGGCUUGUUGGAAUCGGAAUGGCGAAAGUAUUGCAUGUUUCUGGAAAAGAAGAACUUGUUUCGGAUGACAUCUCCGAGGCCAUGGGUGUACUUGGUCAGAAAUUAGACAUCAUCACGGACUAUCUUGAUGAUAUUAAUGCGAUGCCAACUGCUCGCAUGUUCUGGCCCCGUCAAAUAUGGAGUAAAUAUGUCGACAAGCUCGAGGACUUAAAGGAGGAAAGAAAUUCUGCGAAGGCGCUUUUUUGCCUGAACGAGAUGGUCACAAAUGCCUUAGUGCAUGUGGAGAGCUCCCUAAAUCAAAUCUCUAGUCUGCGAGAUCCUGCAUAUAUUCAAUUUUACGCCAUAGUACAGGUGAUCAUAUUUAGGACAUUAGCCUUGUGCUACAAUAACAUUCAAGUAUUUAACGGUACUGGCAUCAAUUUGAGGGGUGGUAUUGCUGCUAAACUUUUCUACAAAACUAGAACAAAGUCUGACGUGUAUCAAGCUUUCUACGACAUCUCGUAUAUGCUCAAAUCCAAGGUUGACAGCAAUGAUCCUAAUGCUGGAGAAACUCAUGAGCGUUUAGACGCGAUCAUAAAAAUAUGCCGCAACCUUGGAACUAUAAAAGAAAGAAAAUCUUUCACUAGUAUUCCGAACAACCUCCAAGCCAUCUCGACUCUGGUUCUUCUCCUCUCGGUCAUAUUUGUCAUUCCCAUUCGUGGCCUAAUAAUGCAUCUUCGGCCUUUUUGAAUGAUGUGAAAUAGUUAGCUAGGUUUUUGUUUGUUUACACUCUCGCAUUUUUAUUAUUUUUUUUCGCACUAUGUGAGAUUAUCCUCUUAACAAUUAUCAUCUCCUAUACUUUAAGAUCUACGUAUAUUUCAUGGACAUAUUUGAAAUUUUAUAUUUCUUCAUCUAUUCUAA